AUUCCUUUGGUCGGUUGCUUUAACAAAAAAUUGAAAAUCCUUAAACAUCAUGUGCUUGAGAGUUAAUACAUGUUGUUGUACGAAUCUUCGUACCGGUGGAUUGAUUAUUGCUUGGUCGAACUGGAUACUAGUUGUUCUAAUAUUUGGUGCAUGGUUUUUUAAGGACGAACUACCUUCUAUUUUAAAUCCUCUAUGGUACGAUUUUAUUGCCUCGAUAUUACUUCCCUAUGGAAUCUAUAAAAAUAUAAGACCACCGAUGUUAUGUUGGUUGAUAACAAAAGCGGUUUUCCUUGUUGUAUUAGUUAUAGUUCUUGGUCAACAAUUACUUGAAGCACCAUUUUCGACUGCCGGAGAAGUUUUUGAAACAAUUAUUUCUGUUUUAUUGGGUGGAGCUUUUUACGGUCUGAUGGUAUAUUGUUGGAUUGUAAUGUUUUCACUUUACCUUGAAAUACGAGCCAUAGCUAAUAGACCACCAACUGCAAGCCAAAUGAUGGUUGAAGGAGUAUAAAUAUCGAAAACUGGCCAAAUGUACGGAAGUCACACUGCCAAAAUUUGUUGAUAAAUUAUUAUAGUGUUUAUUGUGACUUAAAUUCAAUUCGAGUGAAUGUAAGUUAUUUGUUAAUAUAAUAAUCAUGUUUCUGUAAACAUUAAAAUGUUCAAACUUUUUUUUGCAACCACCCCCGAAAAUUCUGAAUCUUUAAUGGUUGUAAUUUGAAAAUUUUCUAAUUUUUUUUUAUAAAAUGCAAGUGACAAUACUGAGAAAGUUAGUGGAGAAAAGACAAUAAGAAAAAAAAAUCAAUAAUUUAUCAUAAAAUCAAGAAAUAAAAUUUUGUA